AUGAUAUAUUCAACAAAAAAUUUCAAGAAUUUAGGAGAAUUUAUUAGCUCUUCGCUUUAAUCUCAUUAGAUUCUCCAUAUUGCUUUGAGUUCCAAUUAAAUUGGUGAUGAAGGUACAUCAAACUUAGGUUCUGCUUUAGCAAAGUGUAUUAAUCUCUCAAAUUUGACACUAUAACUAAGUUCAAAUUUAAUUGGCGACGAAGGUGGAUCAGACUUAGGUUCUGGCUUAGGAAAAUGCAGUAAUCUCUCAAAUUUGACACUUAUACUUAGCUGCAAUAAAAUUGGUCAUGAAGGUACAUCAGGCUUAGUUUCUGCUUUAUCAAAAUGCACUAAUCUCUCAAAUUUGACACUUGAUCUAAGUUCAAAUUAAAUUAGUGAUGAAUGUGCAUCAAGUUUAGGCUCUGCUUUAUCUAAGUGCACUAAUAUCUCAAACUUAAUACUUGGUCUUUUUAAAAAUUAAAUAGGUGACAAGGGUGCAUUAGACUUAUUUUCUGCUUUAGAAAAUUUAACUUAUCUCACAAGUUUGGCACUUAAUCUUAGUUCCAAUUAAAUUGGUGAUCAAGGUACAUCAGGCUUAGGUUUUAAUCUAAUAAAAUGCACUGACCUCUCAAACUUGACACUUAUUCUUAGUUACAAUAAAAUUUGCCAUGAAGGUGCUUUAGGUUUAGGUUCUGCUUUAGCAAAGUGUAGUAAUCUCUCAAAUUUGACACUUUAUCUUAGUAACAAUAAAAUUGGUGAAUUAGGUGCUUCAGGCAUAUGCUCUGCUUUAGCAAAAAGCAAUAAUCUCUCAAAUUUGGUACUUGAUUUAAGUUACAAUAAAAUUUACCAUGAAGCUGCUUCAGGUUUAGGUUCUGCUUUAGCAAAGUGUAGUAAUCUCUCAAAUUUGACACUUUAUCUUGGUUCCAAUUAAAUUGAUGAUGAAUGUGCUUCAGGCUUAGGUUCUGCUUUAGCAAAUUACACUUAACUCUCAAAUUUGAUACUUGAUCUUAAUUACAAUUAAAUUGGUGAUGAGGGUGUUUCAGGCUUAAGUUCUGCUUUAGAAAAGUGUACUAAUCUCUAAAACUUAAUACUUUAUUUUAGCUCCAAUCGAAUUGGCAAUGAAGGUGUAUAAGGUUUAAGUUCUGCUUUAGCAAAGUGUACAAAUCUCUCAAAUUUGUCUCUUUAUCUUUGCUCCAAUUAAAUUUGUGAUGAAGGCUCAACAGGUUUAGGUUUUGAUUUAAUAAAAUGCAGUAAUCUCUCAAAUUUGACUCUUUCUCUUCAAUCCAAUUAAAUUGGUGAUGAGGGUUCAUCAGGCUUAGGUUCUGCUUUAGCAAAGUGCACUAAUCUCUUAUAAUUGACACUUAUUCUUAGUUAUAAUUAAAUUGGUGAUAAAGGUUCAUCAGGAUUAGUUUUUUCUUUAGCAAAUUGCACUAAACUCUCAAAUUUGACACUUAAUCUUAUGUAUAAUUAAAUUGGUGAGGAAGGUGCAUUAGGUUUAAGUUCUGCUUUAGUAAAGUGCUCUAAUCUCUCUUAUUUAAUGGUUGAUCUUAGUGAAAAUAGAAUCAAUCAAUCGUAAGAGUCCAAAGUAGUAAGCUAUUGUCUUAAAUUAAAAAGAUUAGUCAUUGCUCAUAUAUAUUUCUAUUGA